UCCGGGGUUGGGUCUUGGCUCUCGGGCUGGGCGGAAAACUGCUUGGCUGCUCUGAGCCUCCUUUUGGUUGUUUAGCUCUUCCUUGGUCCCUGCUCAGCUUUUAACCUCUCCUCCUAGGUUUGCUUUGCCUAGUCUUGCGGCAAACGACAGACUAGGUAAGAUACUCAUCUUUGGUCCACUUGAACUCCAUAGCGUCUGUAUCCUGGAUUUCUCAGCCUCCCUGGACUGUGAGCAUGAUCUAUCUGAGUGUGUGUUUACUUCCUGGAGGGCCCAGCCUUUAAAGUGACUUUGCUAUUUAGGGCUUGGGGGGCAGAGGAGAAGAAAGAGGGCAUUCCCUCUUAGGGAGUCCAGCUCUAAUUCCCUCCAUAUAAAAGAGAAAGAGGGAGCCUGAGGAAGAAAUUUGUGGGAGGAGGAAAAGGAAGAUAAGGAUCCGGACCGGAGACUGGAGGGAGAAGGGGGGAGGGCUUAAGGGCAAAUACACACAGCUGGCGCAUAAACCCUGGGUCUGAAGUAGGGAAGUACAGUGGGGGAAGAAAGUGGGGAGAGGGAUAGGUCAUGUCCCCAAAUAGAGCUUCCAAGAAAAGUAAAGUAUUCAAGAAAUACCUGGAUCUUUGAAAGAGUUUUCCUUCGGAGGGUUUCUAGAUUUUUGAGCUGGAAGAAACCCUGGAUCUGGUUUGAAUCUCAUUUUAUAGGACAUUGAGGCUUGCUUAAAGUGAAUUCAGGUCCAGAUUCAGGAAAUGUCCGCCAGCGUGGUGAAGGUGGAUGGGAUGCAGGUGAUGGAAGGGGACUCCCAACCCACCCAAAUCAAUAUACACAUCCACCAGGAGUCAACUCUGGCCAAGCUCCUUGAGACUGGGUAUUCCUUCUUGAAACCUAGGACUUAUCCCCAGAGCAAAAGGGUGCUCCAGGCACAGCUGGCACUUGGGGUGUCAUUGAUUUUCCUGGGAGUCACAAGCUGCUCUCUUGGGUUGUUACUAUAUUUUGGGCCUUGGAUUCCCCUGUGGGCCACAGGUUGUGCCUUUUGGACAGGGGCUGUGGCCAUUGUGGCUGGGGCCGUGGCCAUCAUCUAUGAAAAACGUCAGAACAACUGCUGGGGUGGUCUUGCUGCCCUGCUUGCCCUGAGCAGCAUCUCCACUGCCAUUGCUGCCAUCGUCCUCUGUUCGUACAGCUUUAUGGACUCCUCUGUUAUGUUCUAUGACAUGAGAAGGAUCUGUGAGCAGAUUCCAUCAGAAACCUUCACGUAUAGCUGGCGUUAUUAUACUGAUAGAGCCGGAGACUGCCAGAGGAAUUUGAACAUCUUCAUGCAAUUGUUCCAGGGAGUCCAGGCCAUGCUGUUGGCCGUCUGUGCCGUGAUGCUUCUGGUGUCUCUGGCCUCCCUGAGUGUCGGUCUCCGUCACCUGUGCUGCCAGAAAUCUGAAUUCCAGGUUGAGGACGAGAUUGAGAAGAAGCUUCUGGGAGGAGAAUCACUUCCUCCUUCACCAUACAAGGAGAAAUCCAUCGGGACCAUUCAUGUGUGAGCUAGGAUCCCGCAUCUAGAGCAGAACAUUUAUUCCAGAGACUCCUGCCAUUUCCCAGCUGGAGAAUCCCCAGGCUCUGGAGGCAUCUGGCCACCCUGAAGCCCACCCUGGGCCAGGAUGGAGCAUCACUGCUGAGAACCCUCUUCUUUACCCCAACACGCUACCUUUAUCUCCAGUUCUGCUCAGCCUCUCUCCAUCCCAUUUCUCAUGUACUUCCCACCUCUCACUUUCUCCUUGAGAGGGAGAGUUCCAUCUAGUCUGAUCCUUGCUCUCCCCCUGAUAGCCAUCAGUCCUUUGUCCGCAGGCUAAUCUCAAUUAAUAAAUGCUUCAGAUGAUGAGUUCA